ACCGCCUUCACAGUAAACUUCACAUUGAGCAGUUUCAAAACAAACAUCGCGCAACAAAACAACAAAGAACCGCAAGAUCUUUGACCUCUCCGUUCAAUCCAUCCGAUUCAUUCCGUUUCCUUCUUUGAGCACUAUGAUUUGUAGCACUGCCACCGCAACGACACGGCAGGAAUCGACGUCGACGGCGGCGACGACGACGACGGCCAACAUUGCCAACCUGUGCCGUAUUUGUUCCGCGCCAGGUUCGCACAGCCUGUUCCUAAAGAUUCCCGCCUACCUGCAUGAACAUCCCCGGGAAUGCGCCCGCUGGUCCACUCCAAUCCAUAGGCUGGUGACGGAGGUGACCGGAUUGGAGAUCACACCGGACGAUGGUCUUCCGCAGAAGAUUUGUGUCGUUUGCAUUUCGUACCUGAAGCACGCCUAUACAUUCCGACGGCAGACGAUUGACAAUGUGGCGGCACUGCUGGCCGCCAAGUAUUUGAUCGGGGUGCAGGAACGGAGGAAGGAUACUCAGAAGGAAGUGGAGGAGGUGAUUCCGACGAUGGUGAAUCCCUCGGUAGUGCGAGCUAACGUAAAUGAAAUUAGUUACGAAAUGAUAAAUGUCGGGGGAAAGAAACGAAAGGCGAUCCCCUAUCAGAAGAAUUUGGACAAGGAAGUGCUACAGCAGGUGCUGGGAGGGAACAUUAAGCAGAAGAAGAAGCAGAAUAACGCCGAGGAAGAGCAGAGACGUAUUGAGGAAGCUUUGCUUAGCAGGUGGCAGGAUUCAUCUCCAGAGGACAAUGCUACCGGAAGCGCCGGGGGGUUCUUCAGUUAUACGGAGAAGGAGUUCCAAGAAGACGACGUCAUGGAGCUGGAAGUUUUGAAGGAAUGCAAUAUUACGUUUAAUCUGCCAGAAGAUUAUAAGGAGAAGAAAUGCCCUUCCUGUCGGAGACGGUUCAUGUUCGACGAGUCAUACAACGAGCACCUCAAGGAAUGUCUCCUGUUCAAGUUGGUUAAGUUUAUCCGGGAAGUGUAUCAUUUCCUGUUUUUGAAAGAGAAUCGUUCCAUUUCGUCGUUUGAGUUUAUCAGGAGGGUGGUGUUCUCCGUGAAGAAGACGGUGGAAGUAAUUUCGAGCUACGGAGAAGACACUAGUGAACCGGAACUGGAAACCGUGGACAGCUCGAGCGCCAAAACUACCGACGAUGAUGCUAUCAAGAUCGAACAAUCUUUCCUAAGUAAUUUGGAAAAACUUCGGCUAAGCUACAACCUGGAAAGAGCGAAAAUCCUGUCCCCUACCGUACCAAUCGACGACGGUCGAAGUUCGUUCACGACUGGAUCUACCUCAAUCUCCCCACUACUCGCUGCGAUAACCCGGUGCGAAGAAUGCCACGUGACAUUCGAAACGGUCUCCGAGCUGGAAGCGCACAAUCUACUCAACCAUCGAGCACUUCCGAUAGUCACGGCAAUCCAAAACAAUCUGAAAACGCCCCCGGUCAGGUUCCCUCCAGCACCAACGCCCCCAACCCUCAAAGAAAUGGAAAUGAUCAAAAACCAACUCCUCUCGCAGACGCCACCACCACCGGUGUAUUCGUCGUCCAGCACCACCAAGGGUACGGGUGGUGAUCGCCCACCGUCCAGCAGUGACGACCAGCGUAAAGCGGUCAGUUGCAAAAAAUGUCACCAGCGCUUCUACACCAUUACCCAGCUGGACAACCAUCAGAUUCGUUCCUGCCGGCGGAGGUCGCCCGGUCCUAGCCCGGCUGCUCCGGAACGCAACCGGAAGAACCUGAACGCCAGCUACUUCUACACGAUGGAACUACUCAAGGAUUUGAAGUAGCAUCCGGUGAUAUUUGUUUUUCACGAAAUUGACGACUUAAAACUGUAGCUUUAGUUCUAUAUUUUGUACCCACAUUUUUAAACUGUACUGACUUUGAAUCUGUUUGUAUUUUGGAUAUUGAAUGCUAUCAUCAUUCAUGCGUACCGCUAUGUCCGACUUUUCGAUGAAAUGAGAAUCUUUAAGCGUUUUUGUUUUAUUUCUAGCUUCCAAAGCAACAGUAUUCUAUUAUAAAUUCCUAAGUUGUAACGAGAUUUUCAUGGUUUAAGCACAAAUAUUUCCACUGACACGAGAUAGAAAAAAAAAAUCAUUUCAAAAGUAAAUACAACGAUGCUUUUGCAUAAAACUA